AUGGGGUUCAAUGGUAGAAUUCUCGCCUCCCCAAAGUCCAAGAGAUCCACCCCAACCCAGGACCUAACCUCUGCUCCCAAUCUUCAGACCAGGCACCAAGAAGUGGUGAUAGUCCCUGCCACCGUGGGAACCUCCCAAGAGCCUUGGUACCUCCUGUGUCCCCGGGGAGACCUGGGAAGAACCGCAGGCCAUGAGGACCCCUGGAGUCCCCUCCGAGGCCCCGAAGAAGAAAUCCUCACAAGCACAAAUGCAGAAGGCCUCAUAGAGAAGCCCCCCACACAGCCCCUUCCGGAAACCUCACUCCAGUCCAAGGAGGCUCCUGGCACUCACCUGCUCUACGUGGGCCACCUGAACCCCCAGUUCUCCGUGUCAGUGCUCAGCUGCCUGCUGCGGGACACCCUGGAGCGGUUGGAGCUGCCAGUGGCACGGGAGCAAAUCGAGGUGGUGCGGCGGCCACGCAGGGCCUAUGCUCUGGUGCAAGUGCCCGCAGACAAGGCCACUUUGGCCAACCUGCCCUCGCGCCUGCACAUGGCGCUGAAGGAGCACCAAAUCCUGCAGGAACUCGUGGCCCGGGGAAAGGAGCUGGUGGUGGGGGAAGGCCGGGGGUCUCCUAGCCACAGAGAGCAGGACGACAGUGGCCCCAGCUCUGGUCCCAGCAGCCCCAGUCCCAGCCCUGGCCCCAGCCCCGGUCCCAGCCCCACACUGGACUGGCUCUCCAACACCUCAUCACCUAGCUCAGCCAGGUCCCCAAGAUGGUGCAGCCUCCAGGGCCGGCCAACGGGAGUGCACUCAGACACCGCCAUCGAGCACCAGGAGAUUCUGGGCCAGGAGCGGCUCUUUCAAGGAGCCUUUCUGGGCACAGAGUCACGAAACGUGGAGUUCAAGCGGGGCAGCGGCGAGUACUUGAGCCUGACCUUCAAGCACCACAUACGGCGCUACAUGUGCGCCUUCCUCAAUAGCGAGGGCGGCAGCCUGUUCGUGGGCGUGGAGGACUCGGGCAUAGUGCGGGGCACACGCUGCACCCAGCGCGACGAGGACCGCGUGCGCCUGCUGGUGGACUCCAUUCUGCAGGGCUUCCGGCCACAGGUCUUCCCCGAUGCCUACACGCUCACCUUCAUCCCAGUGGUCAGCACCACCAGCAAUAUUCCACUAAAGGUGAUCCGCCUGAGCGUGUGCACCCCAAAAGCCCCGGCCGAGCCCCUGCUGUACGAGACAGAUCAGGGAGAAGUGUUCCUACGGCGUGACGGGAGCAUCCAGGGCCCACUGACUGUGCAUGCCAUCCAGGAGUGGUGCCGGCAGAAGUGGUCGGUGGAGCUGAAAAAGCUGGAGGAGCAGGUGGCGGCGUUGACGGCAGAGAAGGAGCAGCUCCAGCAUCUGAUGCAUCGACGCAAACCCCGCUCGUGUACCUGCUCUGUCAUGUGA